UCAUUUCUGUUCCUGGAACCCUCUUUUCUUCUUCCUUUCGUUUCUCCUCCAAAGUUACUUCUUCCUCUCUUCCAGUUGACUCACUCCUCCAAGAAUAGGGAUCUUGUGUUUUCCUGUCAAUUUGAUCCUGAAAAAAAACUCUUUCCUCUCUUCCUUCCGGCCUCCUGCCUUUCCCCCCCAGCCUCAAACUGGGAGCCAUGUGUGUGGCAAGUUGUGUGUUAUACUGUGGGGAUCCUGUCUCCCCAUCAUUAUGCCGUUAGGAGAAGAGCUCUGCUGCCCUCCUUUCCCCUACUUUUUCCAAAUCUGAGUUUCCUUUCACUAGGGUGGGCUUUUUUUUUUUUUUUUUUUUAAUCAAGAGUCGGAAUCCAGAAAUUCUGGCAUCCCAACGUGAUUUCCCUUGUUCAUGCUCUACAGCGUUAUUGGAGAGCUGGAACAGAGUUGGUGCAUCUCAGAGUGCCCCUCAGAACUCAUUUAAUACACCAUCCCUUUCUCAUCCCCUAUCCUGGGACAGCAGGUCCAACGGGUCCUUCUCCAAGCGGAGCCUUGGAGGGCCUAGCCGGCACCAUUACCUCCAACGAGUGGAGCUCUCCCACCUCCCCUGAGGGGAGCAACGUCUCCGAGGGCAGCGAGGCUUUGGACAAACCCAUCGACAAUGAUGCAGAGGGCGUGUGGAGCCCUGACAUUGAGCAGAGCUUCCAAGAAGCCCUCGCCAUCUACCCGCCAUGUGGCAGGCGCAAGAUCAUCUUAUCAGAUGAGGGCAAGAUGUAUGGUCGUAAUGAGCUGAUUGCUCGCUACAUUAAGCUCCGGACCGGGAAAACUCGAACUAGGAAGCAGGUAUCCAGCCACAUCCAGGUGCUGGCCCGUCGGAAAGCUCGGGAGAUCCAAGCCAAGUUAAAGUCAACCAGCUGCUGGGCUGGAGACCACAGCAGGGUAUUUAUCAUGGAGAACAAUUGCUCCUGUGUUAUCUCCAGAGUCAUAAAAGAUCAGGCAGCUAAGGACAAAGCCUUGCAGAACAUGGCUACAAUGUCAUCCGCUCAGAUCAUCUCUGCUACAGCCUUCCACAAUAAAAUGGCCCUUACCCGAGGACCAGCCUAUCCAGCAGUCUCAGGGUUUUGGCAAGGAACUUUGCCAGGCCAAGCCGGAACCUCCCAUGAUGUGAAACCUUUCUCUCAACAAACCUAUGCUGUUCAGCCUCCGCUCCCUCUGCCAGGGUUUGAAUCUCCAGCUGGGUCCACCUUGUCGCCACCAACCCCUCCAUGGCAAGGCCGAAGUGUGGCCAGCUCCAAGCUCUGGAUGUUGGAAUUCUCUGCCUUCUUGGAGCAGCAACAAGACCCAGACACGUGUAACAAGCACCUCUUUGUACACAUUGGCCAGUCCAGUCCCAGCUACAGUGAUCCCUACCUCGAAGCGGUGGACAUCCACCAGAUCUAUGACAAAUUCCCUGAUAAGAAGGGAGGACUCAAGGAGCUCUUUGAACGAGGACCCUCAAAUGCUUUCUUCCUUGUCAAGUUCUGGGCUGACCUCAACACCAACAUCGAGGACGAAGGCAGAUCUUUUUAUGGGGUCUCCAGUCAGUAUGAGAGUCCUGAGAACAUGAUCAUCACCUGCUCCACCAAAGUCUGCUCCUUUGGCAAACAGGUUGUGGAGAAAGUAGAGACAGAGUAUGCCCGCUAUGAGAAUGGCCACUAUUCCUACAGAAUUCACCGGUCUCCUCUCUGCGAAUAUAUGAUCAACUUCAUUCAUAAGCUAAAGCACCUGCCAGAGAAAUACAUGAUGAAUAGCGUAUUGGAGAACUUCACUAUUCUGCAGGUGGUAACCAACAGAGAUACCCAGGAAACCUUGCUGUGUAUCGCAUAUGUGUUUGAAGUGUCUGCAAGUGAGCAUGGGGCUCAACAUCACAUCUACCGGCUGGUGAAAGAAUAAGACUGGGGAUGGAGGACGAGAAGAGCCAGGCUGUGUGUUUCCAGGGAAAGUAGGGAGAUCUGGUCUAUGCCUGAAGUUCAGCAUCAAGAAGAGAACAUUUCCCCCCUUCCCAAGAGCAAACAUAAUUCCCUAACCUCAAAUAAACUCAAGAUAUUACGUAUUUUCAGAGGAAUGUGGUCUGGCUGUGUGAACAGAGGGAAGGGGCAGGGAAAGAGAUCUAGGAGAUGAAAGUGCAAUUUGUCUGGGAGUUGUGGUGGGGUGAGGAUGGAGUCACACAUUCCUUAUGUGUCAUGAGUUAUUUUGAAGCCAUGAUUCCACCGUCUGUCCAGCUCUCCAUACCACCAUUGAACCUCUGGCCCUGAUGAUUUACCUAACCCCCUCCCAGUCUUUUCUUGGACCAGAUGAGUAAAGGCUUAGGUACCACCAUGGAGGAGUCAGAGCUAGAAAAGACCUUAUUUUAUAGGGGGGGGAAACUGAGGUGUAAAGAGGUGAAUGAUUUGUCUCCAUGAUCAUAGAUAGUAAACAAAGUUGAGAUUUGAAUUCAGAUCUUUUGACUCUAAUGCUUUCUCCCCAUACCACAUUGCUUUCCUAUGUAUCCAUCCUCUGAAGAAAGGCUUGACCAGUCAUGAAUUGUGUAUAUUUCAUUCACGCUAGUGUGGUUAAAAGUCUUUGUUAUACUUGAAUAUUUGCCCCUGUGCAUUCAAUUUCAUUUCAUUCAGAGACUGGCCCUGGAAAAAAAAGUAAAGUGAAAGAAAGCCGUGGUGGGGGUAGGUUUGAGUAGGAUAAAUAGUAGGAUAAUAAUAGAGGACCUUCCUUAGCCUAAGUAUAUAUCCUCCCCCCUCUCCCCAGGAACAUCCAUUUAUUGAAAAAAAAAAAAACAUUUAUCUAGUGCUUGUCACAUACAACACUAGGGCACAUUCAAAGUUUAGAUAAUACUUCCAUCUUAGCUAAAGAUCUUUCCCUGAUGGAGUUUGCAUUUUGAUAGGUAACUGAGACCAGCUUCUGCAAUGCCCAAUAUUACAUGAUAAUUGCCUUAGUUGCAGAAUGUGUCAAGUGAGGUUUAUGGGGAAAGUUGCUACCUAUCACCAGGGACUCAGGGAAAGUUUCAUGGAAGAGAAGACAUUUGCUGGGAUAGGAAUUAAGUGGGUAGAGGAGAAAGGACAUUUAAACAAAAGACACAGCAUGAGCAAAGGCACUGAGGUGGGAAAGCAUGGGUGGAAAAGCUCUUAAAGAGGCAGAUAGGAGUCCGUGUUGACUGGGGAAAUGGAGACUAUUGAAGAAAAUGACAAGAAACAACCUUUGAAGUCACGGUGAAAUCAGAAUGUGGGAGGCUUUAAAUGCUAAGGAGAUUAUACUUUAGACAAUGAGAAACUACUGAAGAAUAAAGGAGUCACCCAAC